UCUAAACCUAAAUGACAUUCACUAAAUACAUUUGGUUAUGGGAAAAAGAAGUUUCUGAAUUUGUGCCUGCUUAAGGGGCCUUUUCUUUGUUCAUAUGACCAUAUGUUACAAUGUGAUGUGGGUAGCACUCAUUAGUAAUUUUAAACAAUUUUGUCUGAAUAAUAACCAGAUGGAUGAUGAGGUUAGGUUUCAAUAUGAAUAUAUCACCUUUGUUUAGAUUAUAUUGCUUUUUUGAUAACUUGCUGAAAAUGUCAAUGUUAUAUUUACCACACCAGAACAAACCAAGGUGCAGUAUUUGUCAGCAGGAAAUAUGGAUGAAGAUGAAAGGACCGACUUGAUUCUGCCACUUUUGUUCAAGACUGAAGCCAUUGACGUACUGGGAGCAGAGCAUAAUCUCAAGGUACAGCAGCAAUUAAAAGAGCAAAAAGAAGCAGAGGAAGAGAGAAAAAAGAAAGCCGCUGAAGCCCGGAACAAUGCUGAAAGAACCACAGCAAGUGGACGUCCCUUGCGUAAAAGAAAGGCAGAGAUGGAGGCAGUGUGCCAGGAGCCUGAUUUGAAGGCUGUAAACCUGGAGCAGGAUAUGCAGACGUUGGUACGCGUGCUCGAGGCACAGCCACAAUUAAGGCAAUUUUUACAAACUGUGAAAUCUAAUAAAAGUCCCCCAAGCACUGCUGAACAGAGUAAAAACCCAGAACAAGAGGAGGGUCAAGGAAUUAUGGAACAGAGUAGUGAGAAAGAUGGUGUCAAUCCAGAUGAGGGAAAAGAGAAAUCGAGUGACUCUUCUGCUGAUGCAUUGCCAGCAGAAAAGGAAACCCCAACAGUGACAUUACAAAGCAGAGAAAAGACGAGCCACUGUUCUGUUAAAACACCAGCCCCUGACCAAAACACACCAAUGAUAAUACAAAGCAGUGAUAUGGAGGAAAAUUUGGAAGAGCAAAUGACCAAUGAGAAUACCCAAAACCCAAGGACAAAAGAACUGCAUAUCCAGGAAGCGCCUAGGACAGUAUAUAAAAACUACGAUCUACCUCCCUUUCCUCCAACUUGUUCUACCAUAAAUGGGUUUAAAUCUGUCCUAUUAGAUCGGAGAAAGCUCAUGUCAGUUGGAGGGCAAUACUGCAACAAUUCCCCUAUGGUCAGGGUCCAUCUGUCCGAAUGCCAGGCCACAGCAAAAGGCAAUGACAGAAACUCGUCAGACACCACUGUGACUGAGGGGAAAAAGAAGAGGAAGAAAAAAUCAUCAAGUGUCACUCCUAAAGCCAAAAAAUCUAAAAAAGAUAGUGAGACUAAUAACUUGAAUUUUGUGGUGUAUGAGGAAAACCCAUUGACAAGUAUUCGUGAAACCCAUGAUUAUAAAAUGUUAAAGGCACGUUUCAUUUCUCUGUUCCUGUGGCCAGCUCUUCUAUCUACGAUCCGUACACCAGAAUUACUGCCAAAUGAAGGCAAUGAAUGGAAUGCUGAUUUUGUGGAAUCCAAGAAGACGGAUUCAAAUAAAAGAAAGACGAAGAAAAAAUACGCAUGUACCAAAGGGAUACGUUUUCGCAAGGGUUUGGUGAAACUCAAAGAGGAGAAGGAAAAGAUGAGGAUCAAAACGGAAGCUGCAAUGAAGCAGAGAAGUGAAACUCAGAGAAAGCUGAAACAGUUCCUAUCAAAUCGCAACAACUGCUCUGAAAUAUCUGCCACGUCGUGUGAACAGCAGCAGCCAAAUGGAACUAACCAAUCAGAUGCACAGGAAGGGCCUACCCAAUUGGUUGUCUUGGAAGAUCCUAACCAGACAAGGACUUUAGAGCAAAACAACCAAUCAAACGCCCAGAGUCAUAUCAGCCAAGGAGAGAGUCUAGAACAUUCCGUCCAAACACUGCCAGUUAAGUCAAGUGGCCAGGGAAAAAAUGAUGGUGAACAUGGUCCUUCUGAAGCAGGAACUUCAGCGUGUGUAGAUGAUGGCAUGGCUAUCACAAAUGAGGAUGCUCAAAAAGCAGUAUCUGUGAAGAAGCGACCAGGGCGUCCAAGAGGGCCUUGGAUCAAAAGAGUCUGGUUCAAACCAGGGGAGAAGAAUACAAGAACAAAUAGCCGCCGCACCUCCAAAGAAGUCGCUUUGGAAAGUUUCAAGGACAUGGAAAUUGAUAUAGUAAGUGUGGAGAUGGGAGUUGUCAGGAUAUUUGAGUGUUGUGUUCAUGCCUCCCCUUCAUGUAAUUUUGAUAAUUGCGCUUUAGAGAUAAUGCCUGUUAUCCAUUAG